AUGAUAUUAUCAGAGCGAGAGUAUUUAAAUGUGAAAGGGAAAUAAUAUUAGAGAGUUCAUUCAAAGCGUAUUUGUUCUCCUAAUGAGAGUUUGAUAAGUGUGAAUCAUAAUCCAUCACUUCCACAAUUGAAAUUAUAAGCAAAAUAACUUUUAGCUUAAUCAAUUCAUAAAGAAUUAUCAGGAGGUCCUCCUUUGGGUUAAAUCCACUUGAAACCAUUAAUUUGCAAAAAUAAAUCUUGCAUCUAUUUAGUUAGAAAUUUAGAGGAUAAAAUAGCAAAAUAUAUAGUUAGAUUAAAAGAAAUAGUAAAAGAGAAUAACAUACUAAGAAAGAAGUUAUAAAUGGAUAGAUUAUAUAUUGAUGGUUAAAUAUAAUCUACACACAGAUCUUAAAAAUCUUUAGAUUUAAAAUAGUUAACAGAAGAAGUUUAAUAUCAAAGAUCUAAUUUUAUUAGUCUUCAUGAUGCACAUUCAAUAACUAAAUUUUCAAAUGAAGUUUGUCUUGCAAAUCUUACUCAAAAAUGGACAUUUGAUAUUUUUAAUAAUUUGAGUAUGUUAUUACAACAACCAUUUUCAGAUAUAAGUUGGAAUAAACCAAUAACAACUAACAAUUCUUAAAUUUAAUUAAAUAAGUGUUUAAGGAGCUGUUAAAAUAAUGUUCAGACAGAUUUUAUAGAUUUACAUUGUAAUCAUACUUAUCAUAAGAAUUGUUUAUGUGAAGAGAUUGUAAAUUCUUAAAAAGAAGUAAAUGCUUUUUGUUAAUGUAAUUAAGAACUAAACAAAUAGGAUAAAGAUUAAUUAAAUUAGGUUUAAAGGGCGAUAAUAAAAGAAAUCAAAUUAAAUGCUUAAUUAUCUUAAUUAAUAAAGAAAUCAGAUCAAUUUACUUUUUAUAAGUGUGAACUGAGUACUUGUCCAUUUAUAAUAAUAAAUUAAGAUUUCGAAAACUUACUUAGUGUAUAAUCUUAUUGUUAAUCAUGUUUGUCCAUGAGAUUAUUUUAAAAAAAGGAAUAAAUAGAAAAAUGA